AUGACAUCUAAAAUAAUUGAAACAUCAAAAAAUCCCAUCCAUCAAGAAGAAGAUUUAAAUAAAUUAAAACAAAUACUCAUGAAAUCAGAUUACCCAAAACAAAUUGUAGAAAAACAUAUAAUGAAUACCAUAAAAACUGGAAACACCAAACUAGAUAAACAACAAAAUAAUAAAAAUAAAACUCCAAAUUAUACUAUUACCUUACCAUAUGUACCAGGUAUUGAUGUACUAAAAAGAAAAUUAGAAAAAUUAAACAUUAAAAUAUACUUCUCAUAUCCAAAUAAAAUACAAACGACAUGCACCAACAUAAUAAAGCCAAAGUCAAAAUCAAAUAUUUAUCAAAUUAAUUGCAAUUGUGGUGCUACAUAUAAUGGAGAAACCAAAGUUGGUCUCAAAAAAUGUAUAACACAACAUAAUAUAUAA